AUGAACCAACAGUGUAAAGUUUGCGGGGAGCCAGCAGCGGGGUUUCAUUUCGGUGCUUUUACAUGUGAAGGCUGCAAAUCAUUCUUCGGGCGAACGUACAACAACAUAUCUUCGAUAUCGGAAUGCAAGAACAAUAGUGAAUGUGUGAUAAACAAGAAGAAUAGAACAGCGUGUAAGGCGUGUCGAUUACGGAAAUGUCUUCUAGUCGGUAUGUCCAAGUCCGGCUCGAGGUAUGGGAGACGAUCCAACUGGUUUAAGAUUCACUGUCUUCUACAAGAGCAACAGCAGCAACAGAUCAACCAUUUACAAACAAAUAAAUCCCCACCUACGUUCAAUUCGUCUAUGAAUCCAUCUUUUCUGCCCACAAACCUUUUACCGGCAGCUGCACUAGCAGAAUAUUAUAAAAAUUCAGAGAAGAAUCAUUAUACAGAAGAUAUAACGCGGCAAAGCGUAUCACCGUCUGAUUCUGGUGCAUCAUCAGCUGAUCCAGAAGAUGAUAAUAGUUCUAGAAGUACUAGCGGUUUAAGUAUAUUCAGACCUACAUCUUCGCCGUGCAGUGAAAAAGAUGUGAGAUUACAAGCGAUUAGAAAUCAAAACAAGGAUGUAAGGAAGCGGAAGUCAUCAACGAUGCCUCCAUCCUCGCCAUUCGGUCCAGUAUCAGCUUCCCCAAGUUUCUCCCCGAGGCCCUUUUUGUCAACAAACAUGAAUAUGAUGAGGUCAGUGCCACCAGCGAUUACAAAUUGGCAAAAUCGGAAUAACGGCGGAGAGACAUUGUUACAUUCUCCAGCGGUUGCAGGAGUGGCGAUCGAGCAGGACCAACCUAUAGAUCUAUCAAUCAAAUCAACAGCAGUUCUAUACAGAAGUCCCAAGAACGAUGAAGUCAGUGACUCAGAGCCAGAGUUACGGAUCGAUCUUGGGGAUGACAAUAGUAAAGAUAUAAUGAAGAAUCCGUUAGAUUUGUCACUAGUUCCGAAACGAACUGAAGAAGUGCCAAUGACAGGAUGAAAGUUAGCAUGUACCGUUUAUUUUAACCGUGAGUCAAUGGAGCCAUGUUGUUACUCUAUUUAUAUGUAUAUAUUGUAAUUGCAAGUAUUAAUUAAUGAAAGUGCUAAAAUUUUAUAAUAUUAAUGUAAUACUCUGCCAUACAGUAUUUAAGUAACUUGUACAUUCCUUUCUUCUUGAUUACCUGAUCUUGCUACCAGUUUUUUUAAGUAUUGUUAUUUUUUUUAUUAUUGUAGAUAGUAUUAUAUAAUUAGGUUGAAAAUUAAGUUGUGAAAUUCUGAAAGCAUGAUAUUGGCAUUUUAUAGUACAGAAUUCAAACGCACUUAAAAUAUUAUUAAUGUGAUUUUUAUUCUUAACUAGUUUGAAUUGAAUUUCAGAUGUACAAGAACUAAGUUUUUGUUA